AUGGCCCUAGGAGAAUACACAAACCUACGCGUCGACCGGCACGACCAAGUCUUUGUCAUCACCCUCGCCAAAGCACCCGAGAAUCGCAUAAACGUCAAGUUUGCACAGGAGAUAAUACGUGCGCUACGCGACAUUGAGCAAGAACUAGGCCCUGAUGCGGAAGGAUGUGUGAUAACAAAGGGAAACGACGAGAAGUUCUGGUGCACAGGUCUCGAGCUAGACGAGAGCGAUACAAACCCAUUUGCGAAUAGCGAUGGCUUCUUCCCGCUACUAGCGACCUUGCUCGACUAUCCGUUCCCCACUAUCGCUCUGCUGACGGGCCAUACCUUUGGUGGGGCUUGUCCCUUUGCUCUCGCGCACGACUAUCGCAUCAUGAACGCGUCGCGUGGCUUCUUCUCUAUGCCGCCUGUCAACCUCGGCCUGCACUUCCCUGGCAUCGGCUUUCUCCCUCGACUCAAGCUUCGACCGCAGAUUGCGCGAAAGAUGCUGCUCGAAGCGCAUCGCUGGACGGGCAAAGAGGCAUACGAGGAUGGUAUUGUCGAUGAGGUUGCAGAGCCCAAAGAGAUGUUCAAGGCCGCGUUGAAGAAAGCAAAGGCAGUCCAGGGUAGGGCCAAGAUGGGCGUAUACAGCGUGCUCAGAAACGAGCUUUGGGGUGAGGCGGCUGAGAAGAUCAGAGGCAUCUGCUAUGUGCAUGGUAAGAGGGUCACCGCACCCGCAAAGGCGAAGAUCUGA